UUGUUAGUUGUGAUUUAAGAUUCAAGUUUGUUCAAUCUUUAGCUGACAUGUGGCCCAACAUGAGGUUACAAAUUUUUCUUUUGUAUUCAGCAUGUGUCAUAGUAUCAGGAAGGACGUUUACAAUAGAAGUAGAUGAAGCAGACUUUGAAACCGAUGAGAAUCAGUUUCUAUUUGAGAAUGAGAAUGGCUCCAAAUCAGCUGAUGCGAAGGAUAAAACCGGUUUCAUAGACCAGGGUUCCCCUUUGCUGUCGACUUCAAAACAGGUUUUUCAAUCAAUCGAAGAUAAAUCCGCGGAAGUGCGCCACAGAACUCAGUCAUUGUUCCGGAAUCUCUUCAAAACUUUAAACUCAACAGCUGCUUCAUGUCCCUGUAAAACACUCUUACUAUCUUCACUUGGUCCAGCUUCACAAAAACAGUCUGCUACACUUGGACUCUAUUCGUACUACCAAGAGUACAACGGAAAACCGGUUUACUAUGGUCCAACAAACCUUCAUUCUUCAAAUCGGUUAUUCUUCUCUACUCAAUACAACCUCUGGAUGCUUGGAGAUAAAUUAGGAAGCAAUGCUGGGUUUAUCUACAGUGCUAACCCAUCACAGUGUCCUUAUUUGAUUCCAGACGGAUGGCAAUAUUUUGAUGGAAAUACUCAUCAGUGGUACUACGAUACAACUCUUGUUCUUAGGUGUAUCCCUGCUUGAGAAAUGGUGAAAUGGUUGAAUCUACUCUGGUCUGAUUAGCUUUUGAUGAUUAAAUAUAUUUAAACAGAAAUGAUA